GUUGUUUUUCACCAAAGCGACGCUUAAAGUGCGCUGCGCGAAGCGAGCUCCUCGUCUUUGACUGGAGACCAACGCGCGAGAGGCGGACGGUAACAGCAUCCACUGCUGUUAUUCCAGCCAUCACACCUCAAUGAACUGUUCGCAGAGAAAGCACUGAUCUGUCUGUGCCUACUGCUUUUUUUUGGCAGGGCAGAAGAUACUGAUCAGUGUCUUGACGACUACACCUUUUUUUUAAAUGAGAUUAUUUUUUUUCUAGUAUUUUUUAUUUUAUUUCUAGGGUCUCCCCCCCUAGCCUUUGCUUUCCACCAUGGUGCUCGGCAAGGUGAAGAGCUUCACCAUAAGCUACGACUGUCUGAACGACAGCAACGUGCCCGUGUUCUCCAGCGGGGACUCGGUCUCAGGGAGGGUGAUCAUUGAAGUCACCGGAGAGAUUCGUGUCAAAUCCCUGAAGAUCCACGCAAAGGGAUUCGCCAAAGUUCGUUGGACUGAGUCGAGAAACGCUGGAUCCAACACUGCCUACACGCAGAAUUACACGGAAGAAGUGGAAUAUUUGAGCCACAAAGACAUACUCAUUGGACACGAGAGAGACGACGACAACUCAGAAGAAGCUCUCACCACUAUUCAUUCAGGGAGACAUGAGUAUGCAUUCAGCCUCGAGCUUCCAACAACACCUCUGGCUACCUCUUUCGAAGGCAAGCAUGGCAGUGUGCGCUACUGGGUGAAGGCCGAGCUGCACAGGCCGUGGCUCCUGCCCAUGAAGACAAAGAAGGAGUUCACGGUCUUUGAACACAUCGACAUCAACACUCCAUUACUGCUGUCACCCCAGGCCGGCACCAAAGACAAGACGCUUUGCUGCUGGUUCUGCACCUCAGGUCCUAUCUCCCUAAGUGCCAAAAUAGAGCGGAAGGGGUAUACCCCAGGCGAGUCUAUCCAGAUCUUCGCCGAGAUCGAGAACUGCUCAUCCCGCAUGGUGGUGCCAAAGGCGGCCAUUUACCAGACCCAGACCUUCUACGCCAAAGGGAAGAUGAAGGAGGUCAAGCAGCUGGUGGCCAACCUGCGGGGCGAGUCCCUGUCUUCGGGCAAGACGGAGACCUGGAGCGGCAAGAUGCUGAAGAUCCCCCCCGUGUCCCCCUCCAUCCUGGACUGCAACAUCAUCAGGGUGGAGUACUCCCUCAUGGUCUACGUGGACAUCCCCGGGGCCAUCAACCUGUCCCUCAACCUGCCCCUGGUCAUCGGCACCAUCCCCCUUCACCCCUUCGGCUCCCGGACCUCCAGCGUGAGCAGCCAGUGCAGCAUGACCAUGAGCUGGCUGGGCAUGGCCCUGCCCGAGAGACCGGAAGCUCCCCCAAGCUAUGCAGAGAUCGUGACUGAUGAGCAGCGUCAGAGCAGAAUGGACGUGGCACCGGCCCGUGAGGAGCUGGACGGGCCGCUCUUUGCCUACAUCCACGAGUUCCGCUUCCAGCCGCCUCCCCUCUACUCCGAGAUCGAUCCUAACCCCGACCAGGCCAGCUGCCCGGAGGUGCGCAGGCUGGACGCGUGUCCGUCUCGCUGAGGGAAACCCACACGUUCUAAACCCGAAGAAUUCGGGGGAACUCCAGAAAAAAUAUCUCCCUCCAAAGGUCUCCUCUGCUUUGUCCAUUUCUUUUCCCCGGCGACGGUGUCCAUCGCACUCGGUCGUCGAGGGGGAAAAAAAACACAAAGUAAACCGACCAACCAACACACAGACUUGGAUGAAACGACCAUUAUCUGUUGGCUUGGACUCACAUCUCUCCUGUCCUCCUCAACGAGGAGGAACAGGACGUCAUUGGUUAGGGGUAUCCCUUCCUUCCCGUGUCCGCCCGUUCUCAGGAAGGCACCGGGAGGAAACAUUCAACCCCCGACACAUAAAGGCCCCCAGCGAGCGGAGGCCGCCCCCUGGUGGUGGAGAUGAUGCCCAGAAAGGGGGAUUAGGAUGAUGAUGAAGAGGAGGACUUACCAGGGCUCCAUCUGGCCCGACCCGUCCUCAUCCCUGUUGGUUCUUAGACCCAUGGCACAUAAGGACACGGCUCAGAGCUGUACUAAUGGUGUUCCGAAAACCUCGACAGAGGAUGUGGGUGGGGUCGGAGCUGGAGAGGGGAUGGCGCGCACAACCACGGUUGUGCGAGCGCGAGUGCAAGUGUUCUGCGGUGUCGCUAUCACGGCGGAGCAAAGACAUGACUUCCUCGAUCUGCCUCGUUUGGGAUUUUUGUUUUGCACAUUUAAUUUGCUUGAGUUGUGUGGCUCCAUCUGAUGAUGAUAGAAAAAAAAUACGAAAAAUCACUAAUAGUUUGGUCACAGUGUUUUUUUUGUUUUUGUUUCGCUGGACUGAAAACGAAAAUGCAGGUUUGACUCCUCGUACUCUUCUGUUUCGCACAAUGUCGAGCGACCCAGAGAACGUGACUGAUUUGAAAAAAAAAAUGACAAUGCACUGAAAGAGGUCAAGCUGUUUGAAGAUAUUACUCUUUUGUUUUCCUUAACAACUUUGAAACUAACUUAACCGGACUGCAGAAAACAAUACCUGCAUCUGUAACUCUUUAAGUUGUGUCCCUCUGGGCAUCGAUCCAAGCGUCGCUCAACCCCUUAUUGCGUUUAGUCGGCUGUCUGUCCGUCUUUCUUUGUGUUUGGCUCGACACAGAACGCCUUCCAGCCUAUUUUGAUUUAGUUUCCUUUGCUUUGUGUCGCCGUUACCCUGGAUUUGAACUAGAGAGGUGCAGACGGGAGGUUGACACUCGCUAAAUGCUACCCGUACGGCUCGCAUUCCCCUGGUGCUCCGAAUGGCCCGCAGCCUUCUCUACUCCAGAUCUCAGGGAAACCCUGUUGUGCAUUACUGCCUCUAUAAAGCACUGUCUCAGGUGGUCUUCUCACUCGCCAAAAUGUAAUGUAAAAAAAAAAAGGAGAAGGAAAAAAGCUGUUUUUCUUUAAAAUAGCAAAGUCAACAUUUUUUAUUAAGUAAAACUACCAAAACAAGAGAGAAGAGACAUACAGUGAAGCAAUGCAGCUUUCCGGCAAACUACAUUCCCUUUUUGUCCUGCUGCACAUGCUCAGUUCAUCCUAUCUGUCGAUUUUACCAGACCCGUGAAGCCAGAAUGCUUUAAAAGUUACAAAAAUAAAAUAAAUUUCAAAAGAUAUUGCAGGAAAAACGUUUUUCCUGCUGCAUUAAAAUACGCAGCUCCAGCUCAACAUGAUUGGCUGGGGCUGUUCCUAAACCUCAGCUCCAACUGGCCAGAACAAGUAGUGUUAGGUUGACAUGAGUAAUACAUUGGUUUUUAAACUCGUUCAACACAAACGGCCGGCUGGAGCGGAAGUUUAGAACCGGAGAUUAGAUACGUGUGACUUUAUAACAAGAAGAAACUGCAUUCAAAGGUGAAGGUCUGGAUGAAUUCAAAUGGCAGUUACCCUGCUAAAUCUAGUCCAGCAGUGUUAAGGACAUUGGUCAAAUUGUUAUCUUUUACUCAAUUUUAGUUUUUAAGUUUACAUUUUAAACGCAGCGAAUACAAGUAUUGUAUUUGUCAAGUUUUUAGCUCUUUUUUUUUUUGUGUGAGUGUAUGCGCUUGUCGAGAUAAGGCCACCUGGAAUCGAGCACCAUUGACAGUUAUCAACAAACUUCAGAGUUCUGAAGCAAUCUUAUCUUAGUGGCCUUGAGAAAAAAAGACCUGUAAUAAUUCUUUAUUCUUCAGUGUCUGCAUUUAUUUCAGCCUAGCUCUCGUUCCUCUCUUCUAAUUGGUUUGUCUGAAUGUCGACACUUUUCCAUGUUUAUUCAAAGGGACAAAAAGGGAAAGACAACAAAAGUGGAGUGUUCUACAAAUGUUCCCCAGACAGGCUUCCUCGAUUUAAUGUCUGUGGUUGUUUUUCUUUUUCCUAAGCUUAAAUCGGGCAAGUUUUUCCAUGAGUUUUAUGGUCAUUGAUAUAGUUAGCUUCACCGUACGACUACAUACAACAUAGUUGGUAUCUGGCUAGCCUCUCUGGGUAUCUCUCGGUAGAGGGGGACCGUGGCUGUUGACCAGCCCCCUUCCCCCCCUGCCAAGAAGCACUUCUUUCACAUAGAUUCAUAGACGAAAACGCCAAUUCCAAGACAAUAGCAUUUAUGUAGUUGUAUUUCUUUGUAAUUCUUCGCUUGGACUUGAUCUUAGGGAAUGUGUAUCAAGCUAACUAUAUUGAAUAAGCUCACAGAUUUGUUUCAGGUUGGUUCGAUUCCAUAGUCAGUUGGCCUGGGCCUUUUCAUUUUUUACUAGUCCAGGGUCAGAACUAAGCUAAACUCCUGACUUGGAAAAGACAGGAACCGAAAUGUUAGCAGAUGAAAGGAAUUGGGAUAGGGGAUCUGAAACAUUUUAGAAACAAAGUGCAAUAUUAGUCUUUGAAU